CUAAACCCAGGUUCUUGGGUGCAUUUUUUUUUUGUUAAACCCAUAGAUUCCUGUCAAAUCUGGAUUUCCCACCAACAUGUGGAGACAUACGGCAAGCAAGUCUUUCUUCAUAUCUCUGCUCCCUCUAUGCCGCCGGCGACUCCUCCACCGAACAUCAACCACAGCUGCCGCCGUCUCCCCUUCCGAAUCAACCCCUCCCAACCCAACCACAGCCGUCGACGAAGCCCAAAUCCUCCGAGUGUCCACGAUUCUCUACCAGCAACAACACUCCGGCGAGAGACUCCACAACAGCCUUCGCAAGACGCCCUUCGAACUCACCCACGAGUUCUUCCUCCAGGUCUGCAACAGGUUCCCCUACUCAUGGAGACCCGUUUACAAGCUUCACGAGUUUGCCAUGACCCGACCCGAAUUCUCGCACACCCCCGUUACCCUCAACAAGGUGCUCGAUAUAAUAGGGAAGUCUAGGAACAUUGACCUCUUCUGGGAAUUCCUCCAGGAGAUAGGAAGCCGCCGCUCAGUAACCCCGAAAACGUAUGUGAUCGCUUUGAAAACCCUAGCUUCGGCUAGAGAAUUGAAGAAAUGCGUCGAAGUUUUUCACAUGAUGAACCGGUUCGGGUACGGGUAUAGUGUGGAUUCUUUGAACAAGGCAGUGGAGGCUCUCUGCAGGGGUAAGCUAGUGGCGGAAGCUAAGCAUGUGGUGAUGAAGUUGAAAGAUUGGAUAGAACCCAAUGUGGUGACUUAUAGAUGGCUAAUCUAUGGCUUUUGCAAUGUGGGUGAUACAAUUGAUGCAUCCAAGAUCUGGAAUCUAAUGAUUGAUGCAGGUUUUGAGGCAGAUAUCGAGUCAAUCGAGACGAUGAUGGAGCGGUUGUUCAAGACCAACGAAUAUGGGCAGGCAUUGAAGCUUCUACAGUCCAUGAGAACAAGCAGGAUGGAUGAUUUGGGGUUGCCUACUUACAGGCUUGUGAUCAAUUGGCUGUGCAAGAAAGGCAAGAUUGAGGAGAGCUAUGUGUUGGUUGAGGAAAUGCAAAAGAGAGGGAUUGAGCUGGACAAUUCAACAUCAGCUUCAAUAAUCUACGGGCUCCUUUGCAAACGAAGGGUGAUGGAGGCUUAUCGGGUGCUGGGUGGGAUCGAGAAGCCAGAUAUAGCAGUGUUUCAUGGGAUGAUCAAAGGGCUGCUGAGGCUGAAAAGGCCAGGUGAAGCAACACAGGUGUUUAGGGAGAUGAUUGCUAGAGGUUGCGAGCCUAUAAUGCACACUUACAUAAUGUUGUUGCAGGGGCACUUGGGGAAGAGAGGGAGGAAAGAGCGGGACCCAAUAGUUAACUUUGACACCAUUUUUGUGGGAGGUUUGGUUAAGGCAGGGAAGAUGUUGGAGGCGACGAAAUAUGCAGAGAGACUGACGUUCCAGAAGGUUGAGGUUCCGAGGUUUGAUUACAACAAGUUUUUGCACUGCUACUCGAAUGAGGAAGGGGAGGUUAUGUUUGAGGCGAUGGCCAAGAAACUGAGAGAGGUCGGUUCCUUUGAUUUAGCCGAUAUAUUUCAAAGGUAUGGAGAGAAAAUGGCAACCCGGGAAAAGAGAAGGAUCAGACCUGUUGAAUCAUUAAUACAGUCUGAAGAUGGGGCAGUCUGAAGAAAGAAAUCAUAGGAUGGCUCUCUGGGAAGAUAAGAAAUAGAACUGGUUUUUGUAUCCCAUGUUUACAAAAUGAAGUUGCUGCUGCUAGCCCGGAACAAGCUGACACCGCACCUUCACAGCCCGAUUCAUUAAAGGAAGCGGGCGAGGAUAAGAAUAAGAUUGAGGGUGAUGAGAAGUGUGUGGACAAUGGAUUUUCCGGCGUUGGAGUUAGGUACGGGAGUCACCCCGGGGUGGGAGAUGGGGCCCGCCUUCCGGACACGUGGGGAGGAAGGGCGUGUCCAUGGGGUUGCUGCCACCGGAUCCGCCGAAUCCACGGAGGAGGAUGCCUAAGGUGUUGUCACUA